UUCUCAGUUUUUAAGCUGCCAGAUACGGCCAUUUGUAUUGCAGUCAUUGGUGCAAAAUCUACUUCGUUAUACUCAACAAAAAAAUUCUUUUAUAAACAUUACUCAGCUUGGAACCUCGAAUCUCAAAGUCUUAGUCGCGAUGGAGGCAACCAGAUAUUCGUGGCUUGUGCCCUUUCUCCAGUCCAAGGUUCCCUCGGGCUCCUACGAGUCAUUGUGCGUGUCCGUGAUUCCCAGCAUCGUGGAUAGCAUCGCAGGGAUCUCGAAAGCCCUGCGCUCAUAUCAUCAAGUGGCACAAGCGGGCAGCGCGAACGCCUUCGGCGACGACCAGCUGAAUGUCGACGUCGCGGCGGAGACCAUCCUCCGCAAGAGGCUCGCGUUAUGCCCUUCGAUCGUCACUGCCAGCAGCGAGGAGGAGCCGGUCGAGCGACCUACUCGCGAGGACGGGAGCGGUGCUUCCGAGUCGGAGGAGCAGUACACCAUUGCCUUCGACCCGCUGGACGGAAGCUCGAUCAUCGCGCCCAACUGGACGGUGGGGACGAUCAUUGGCGUCUGGGAGGGGAGAAGUGCGCUGCGCCAGGCGCCGGCGGAAAGGCAGGUCGCCUCCGUGCUCGGUGUCUACGGCCCCCGAACAACCGCCAUCGUGGCGCUGAGGGUCCCGGGGGCAGAGGGCGUCUGCUUCGAGAUCGGGAUCGGGGAUGAUGGCGCACAGGGCUGCGAGGUCGUUCGCACCAGCGUCCAGCUGCAGCAGCCUCCGUUCAAGACGAGAUAUUUCGCGCCAGCGAACCUGCGCGCUGCGGCUGAGGACCAGAAUUACGGACAGCUGGUGAACCAUUACAUCCAGAACAAGUACACGUUGCGCUACAGCGGUGGUCUCGUGCCCGAUGUGGUGCACGCGUUGGUAAAGGGUCAUGGCAUUUACAUCUCCCCGGUCACGAGCGUCAGCAAGGCUAAGUUGCGCCGGUUGUACGAGUUGUUUCCUAUUGCAUUAGUUAUCGAGUGCGCGGGCGGAAAAGCAGUGGAUCCAGUCGACGGCAGUGACAUAUUGAAGCGGCCCGCUGAGGAUACAGAUGAGAGGGGCGGGUUGAUUUGCGGCACUGCUGAAGAUGUUGAAUUUGCCGUGCAGUCUUUGGUCAAGAGCUCGUGAGCUCCGUCUACGCCUUUUCUUCCGAGACUAUGCGUCAUCAUCGAGUGCGCAGCAACAGCCUUUUUCUCCUGCAGUUAUAAGAUGGUGCCAAGGUUCUACGAGAGUAGCACGAAUACAAAAAAGACAACCCUUUCACAUUUGCUCCCCUAAAGAUUGGUAAUUGUGCAUGGCUCGUCACAUCACCUCAGGCGCCGUGGACCUCCACGGAGUUCUGCUUUCAUCCAAAUAGGCUUAGCGGGAGCUCAGAAGUGUAGCACCAUACUCCACGGCUUUUAAAUGCACGAUCAACUCCACGG